ACCCUAUAAGGCCUGGUAGCUGAGAGCAGAGCCGGCUGCCAGCUGCGCCUCCUGUGGCUCCGAGGGCCCCUCACGCACUCCAGCCGCUUGAAGUAUUAUUACCAUGUCUGCUCAAGACGAAGGAGGUCGGGGUCCUCCCAAACCCAAGGGCAAGACCCUGGGGAGCUUCUUGGGGUCCCUGCCUGGCUUCAGCUCUGCCCGGAACUUGAUGGCCAGUGCCCACGGUUCAGCGAAAGAGUCUCGGCCCGUGGCUGAUACAGCAGGCGCUUCCGGCCAGCCCCAGACUGAGGCAGCCACCAACCUGGAGCAGACGGCCUGCGGGGAGAAGCUGCCGCCGCCUUCAGAUAAGAUGAUCUCUGGGGCAAAGGACCUGGUGUGCUCUAAGAUGUCCAAGACCAAGGGUGCCAUCUCCUCCGGGAUGGCCAACAUGGUAGACACAGCUAAAGGUGUGGUGCAAGGAGGCCUGGGCAUGACCCGGUCUGCACUCACAGGCACCAAGGAGACUGUGGCCACGGGGGUCACAGGCGCAGUGGGUGUGGCCAAGGGCACUGUUCAGACUGGCCUGGACACCACCAAGACCGUCCUGACGGGCACCAAAGAUGCCGUGUCUGCUGGGGUGACAGGUGCAGCGAACGUGGCCAAGGGAGCCAUGCAAACUGGGCUCAAUAUGACCCAAAACAUCGCCACAGGCACCAAGGACACUGUGUGCAGUGGGGUGACAGGUGCAGCGAACGUGGCCAAAGGAGCUGUCCAGACUGGCAUGGACACCACCAAGACCGUCCUGACGGGCACCAAAGAUGCAGUGUCCACUGGGCUCACUGGGGCAAUGAACAUGGCCAAGAGCACCGUCCAGACUGGCAUGGACACCACCAAGACUGUCCUGACAGGCACCAAAGACGCAGUGUCUGCAGGGGUGACAGGUGCAGCAAACGUGGUCAAAGGAGCUGUCCAGACUGGCAUGGACACAUCAAAGACUGUCCUGACUGGCACCAAAGACACGCUAUCUACUGGGCUCACAGGCGCACUGGAUGUGGCCAAGGGCACCGUCCAGACUGGCCUGGACACCACUAAGACUGUCCUGACAGGCACCAAGGACACUGUGUGCAGCGGGGUGACUGGUGCCAUGAAUGUGGCCAAAGGAGCUGUCCAAGGAGGUCUGGACACCUCAAAAACUGUCCUGACAGGCACCAAAGAUGCUGUGUCCACUGGGCUCACUGGGGCAAUGAACAUGGCCAAGGGCACCGUCCAGACUGGCAUGGACACCACCAAGACCGUCCUGACGGGCACCAAAGAUGCCGUGUCUGCUGGGGUGACAGGUGCAGCGAACGUGGCCAAGGGAGCCAUGCAAACUGGGCUCAAUAUGACCCAAAACAUCGCCACAGGCACCAAGGACACUGUGUGCAGUGGGGUGACAGGUGCAGCGAACGUGGCCAAAGGAGCUGUCCAGACUGGCAUGGACACCACCAAGACCGUCCUGACGGGCACCAAAGAUGCAGUGUCCACUGGGCUCACUGGGGCACUAGGUAUGGCCAAGGGCACUGUUCAGACUGGUCUGAACACUACCAAGACUGUCCUUACAGGCACCAAGGAUACAGUGUCCACUGGGGUGACAGGGGCAGUGAACAUGGCCAAGGGCACGGUCCAGACUGGCCUGGACACCACCAAAACCGUCCUCACAGGCACCAAGAACACCAUGUGCAGUGGGGUGACUGGUGCCAUGACUGUGGCCAAAGGAGCUGUCCAAGGAGGUCUGGACACCUCAAAGACCAUCCUGACGGGCACCAAAGAUGCAGUGUCCACUGGGCUCACUGGGGCAAUGAACAUGGCCAAGAGCACCGUCCAGACUGGCAUGGACACCACCAAGACUGUCCUGACAGGCACCAAAGACGCAGUGUCUGCAGGGGUGACAGGUGCAGCAAACGUGGUCAAAGGAGCUGUCCAGACUGGCAUGGACACAUCAAAGACUGUCCUGACUGGCACCAAAGACACCCUAUCUACUGGGCUCACGGGCGCACUGGGUGUGGCCAAGGGCACCGUCCAGACUGGCAUGGACACCACCAAGACUGUCCUGACAGGCACCAAGGACACUGUGUGUAGUGGGAUGACCGGUGCAAUGAAUGUGGCCAAAGGAGCUGUCCAGACUGGCAUGGACACCUCAAAGACCGUCCUGACGGGCACCAAGGACACCGUGUGCAGUGGGGUGACUGGUGCAAUGAAUGUGGCCAAAGGAGCUGUCCAGACUGGCAUGGACACCACCAAGACCGUCCUGACGGGCACCAAAGAUGCAGUGUCCACUGGGCUCACUGGGGCACUAGGUAUGGCCAAGGGCACUGUUCAGACUGGUCUGAACACUACCAAGACUGUCCUUACAGGCACCAAGGAUACAGUGUCCACUGGGGUGACAGGGGCAGUGAACAUGGCCAAGGGCACGGUCCAGACUGGCCUGGACACCACCAAAACCGUCCUCACAGGCACCAAGGACACCAUGUGCAGUGGGGUGACUGGUGCCAUGACUGUGGCCAAAGGAGCUGUCCAAGGAGGUCUGGACACCUCAAAGACCAUCCUGACGGGCACCAAGGAUGCAGUGUCCACUGGAGUGACAGGGGCAGUGAACAUGGCCAAGGGCACUGUUCAGACUGGCUUGGACACCACCAAGACCGUCCUGACAGGUACCAAGGACACCGUGUGCAGUGGGGUGACUGGUGCCAUGAAUGUGGCCAAAGGAGCUGUCCAAGGAGGUCUGGACACCUCAAAGACCAUCCUGACGGGCACCAAAGAUGCAGUGUCCACUGGGCUCACUGGGGCAAUGAACAUGGCCAAGAGCACCGUCCAGACUGGCAUGGACACCACCAAGACUGUCCUGACAGGCACCAAAGACGCAGUGUCUGCAGGGGUGACAGGUGCAGCAAACGUGGUCAAAGGAGCUGUCCAGACUGGCAUGGACACAUCAAAGACUGUCCUGACUGGCACCAAAGACACCCUAUCUACUGGGCUCACGGGCGCACUGGGUGUGGCCAAGGGCACCGUCCAGACUGGCAUGGACACCACCAAGACUGUCCUGACAGGCACCAAAGACGCAGUGUCUGCUGGGGUGACAGGUGCAGCGAACGUGGCCAAGGGAGCUGUCCAGACUGGCAUGGAUACCACCAAGACCAUCCUGAGUGGCACCAAAGACACUGUGUCCGUAGGGCUUACCGGCGCACUGGAUGUGGCCAAGGGCACUGUUCAGACUGGUCUGAACACUACCAAGACUGUCCUGACGGGCACCAAAGAUGCAGUGUCUACUGGAGUGACAGGGGCAGCAAACAUGGCCAAGGCAGCCGUGCAAACUGGGCUCAAUACGACCCAAAACAUUGCCACAGGCACCAAGGACACCAUGUGCAGCGGGAUGACCAGUGCCAUGAAUGUGGCCAAAGGAGCUGUCCAAGGAGGUCUGGACACCACCAAGACCGUCCUCACAGGCACCAAGGACACCGUGUGCAGUGGGGUGACUGGUGCCAUGAAUGUGGCCAAAGGAGCUGUCCAAGGAGGUCUGGACACCUCAAAGACCAUCCUGACGGGCACCAAGGAUGCAGUGUCCACUGGAGUGACAGGGGCAGUGAACAUGGCCAAGGGCACUGUUCAGACUGGCUUGGACACCACCAAGACCGUCCUGACAGGUACCAAGGACACCGUGUGCAGUGGGGUGACUGGUGCCAUGAAUGUGGCCAAAGGAGCUGUCCAAGGAGGUCUGGACACCUCAAAGACCAUCCUGACGGGCACCAAGGAUGCAGUGUCCACUGGAGUGACAGGGGCAGUGAACAUGGCCAAGGGCACUGUUCAGACUGGCCUGGACACCACCAAGACCGUCCUCACAGGCACCAAGGACACCGUGUGCAGUGGGGUGACUGGUGCCAUGAAUGUGGCCAAAGGAGCUGUCCAAGGAGGUCUGGACACCUCAAAGACCGUCCUGACGGGCACCAAAGAUGCAGUGUCCACUGGGCUCACUGGGGCAAUGAACAUGGCCAAGGACACCGUCCAGACUGGCAUGGACACCACCAAGACCGUCCUCACAGGCACCAAGGACACCGUGUGCAGUGGGGUGACUGGUGCCAUGAAUGUGGCCAAAGGAGCUGUCCAAGGAGGUCUGGACACCUCAAAGACCGUCCUGACGGGCACCAAAGAUGCAGUGUCCACUGGGCUCACUGGGGCAAUGAACAUGGCCAAGGACACCGUCCAGACUGGCAUGGACACCACCAAGACCGUCCUCACAGGCACCAAGGACACCGUGUGCAGUGGGGUGACUGGUGCCAUGAAUGUGGCCAAAGGAGCUGUCCAAGGAGGUCUGGACACCUCAAAGACCGUCCUGACGGGCACCAAAGAUGCAGUGUCCACUGGGCUCACUGGGGCAAUGAACAUGGCCAAGGACACCGUCCAGACUGGCAUGGACACCACCAAGACCGUCCUCACAGGCACCAAGGACACCGUGUGCAGUGGGGUGACUGGUGCCAUGAAUGUGGCCAAAGGAGCUGUCCAAGGAGGUCUGGACACCUCAAAGACCGUCCUGACGGGCACCAAAGAUGCAGUGUCCACUGGGCUCACUGGGGCAAUGAAUGUGGCCAAAGGAGCUGUCCAGACUGGCAUGGACACAUCAAAGACUGUCCUGACUGGCACCAAAGACACUCUGUCCACUGGGCUCACAGGCGCACUGGGUGUGGCCAAGGGCACUGUUCAGACGGGCCUGGACACAACCAAGACUGUACUGACGGGCACCAAGGACACCGUGUGCAGCGGGGUGACUAGUGCCAUGAAUGCGGCCAAAGGAGCUGUCCAAGGAGGUCUGGACACCUCAAAGACUGUCCUCACGGGCACCAAGGAUGCUGUGUCCACUGGGGUGACAGGGGCAGUGAACAUGGCCAAGGGGGCCAUGCAAACUGGGCUCAAUACAACCCAAAACAUCGCCACAGGUACCAAGGACACCAUGUACAGUGGGGUGACCAGUGCCAUGAAUGUGGCCAAAGGAGCUGUCCAGGGUGGCCUGAACACCACCAAGACCGUCCUCACAGGCACGAAGGACACCGUGUGCAGCGGUAUGACUGGUGCCAUGAAUGUGGCCAAAGGAGCUGUCCAGACUGGCGUGGACACAUCAAAGACUGUCCUGACUGGCACCAAAGACACCCUAUCUACUGGGCUCACAGGCACACUGGGUGUGGCCAAGGGCACCAUCCAGACUGGCCUGGACACCACUAAGACUGUCCUGACAGGCACCAAAGACACCGUGUGCAGUGGGAUGACCGGUGCCAUGAAUGUAGCCAAAGGAGCUGUCCAGACUGGCAUGGACACAUCAAAGGUCAUCCUGACUGGCACCGAAGAUGCAGUGUCCACUGGGCUCACUGGGGCAGGGAGUGUGGCCAAAGGGGCAGUGCAGAACAUCCAGAAUUGGUUACCUGGUACCCAGGACAGUGUCCAGAGUGGACUCACCAGUUACAGUGCCCCAGACAAAGGAGUGGAACAAACUAUCCUGAGACCCCAAGAGGCUCUGUCCUCUGGGGUAUCCAGCACCCCAGACACUGUGUGUGCAGGUCCAGACCUUGCCAGGGAAGAUACUGCCGUGGCAACAGGCACCCAUGGGGCCAGCCUGGGCAGGGAGGAUGCAGGGCACGUGGCCACCACACAUGGACACGAAGGAGCCAUGAGCUUUGCAACGCUCCAGGACGAGCUGGGAGAGCUGGGGGAUAUCUUCCACCCCAUGGAUGCCGAGGAGCAAGCUCAGCUUGCUGCCUCCAAACCUGAGCCGAAGGUGCUCACCGCUGACCGCGGCAGCUACUUUGUGCGUCUGGGUGACCUGGCCCCCAGCUUCCGCCAGCGGGCUUUUGAGCACGCCCUGAGCCACCUGCAGCACAGCCAGUUCCAGGCCAGGGCUGCGCUGGCCCAGCUGGAGGACUCCUUCAAGCUGAUUGAAAAGGCCAAGCAGGCUCCAGAAGGCCAUUCAUGGCUGGACCAGAGUCCCAGCAGCAGAGUGGAGGAAGGCACUCCCCAAGAGGUGCCAGACUCUGGGGCUCUGUCCAGGGCCUGCGGCCUCAUCCAGCAGCUCCACGUGGCCUACAGCACUCUGGCCUCCAGCCUCCAGGGUCUCCCCUCUGAGCUCCAGCAGCAGGUCGGGCGGGCGCGCCACAGCCUCUGCGAGCUCUACAGCCUCGUCUCUUCGGCCAGUUCCACGGAUGAGCUGCCGGCAGAGCGCCUAGCCCAGAGCUGCGGGGCUGUGGGCCAGGCAUGGCGGGAGCUGGAACAGAUGCUGGAGAGCGUGCAGCACAGCCCGCCGCUCUGCUGGCUGGUGGGGCCCUUUGCCCUGUGCCCUGCUGGGCAGCAGCUGUAGGUCCCUCCCGCCUACAGAGCCCUCCGCGGAGACUUCUCCCCAGCCAGCUCACCAGAUAAGCUCCAGCUCCCCGAAGGUCUGGACCCAGCAGGCUGGCGCUGCCUGGCACCCGCGGGGGCACCAAGGACUUCAAGUGCGGCCACAGCACGCACCCAGCUCUGGCCCUGCCUACGCUGUCCACCCUUCCUUCCCAAGCACCGCUGGGCCUUCUCCUGGCCUGGGGCCCAGGGCUGCUAAGACCGCUGACAGAGGGCCUUCCCCUGAAGGUCUCAAGCAAGCACUCCAAUUAGGAAAGAGAAGUGGAAACAUGCCUAGGUCUAGAAGGUUCUCCAUUCAGCAGCCUCCACUAGGAGCCCCUUUAUCUUUGGGGUACCCCAGUCUGGGUCCUUUAGCUAUCAGCACAGUAAGUGCUCCUCCAGAAACAUACACCCUGGCUCUCAGCAAACCAUGUUCCAUUGUACCAGAAAGUACCAGAAUGCCACUGUCACCUGGGGGCAGGCUCCUACCGCCUCUGCUGAUGCCCAGUGUGGCCAAGGGGUUCUGAGAGGGUGGAGCUGCAGAAGCCAACUAUGGCCAUGCACUGGCCCGGCUGGGGGACCAGACUGCCACCUCAGCCCACACCCAGAGCUGUUUUGUGGUCCCCAAGGCCCCUGGGCUGAGGAAGGAGUGAGAGGGCUUCCCUGUGGGGGAUGGGGCCCUAGGGGGUAUAUGAGGAAACGUGCUCAACACGGUCCCACAUUCACCCCAGGCCGGAGAACAGGGGCUGGGACACAGGCAGCAUCCCUUCCUUCCCAGCCACACUGUCCCUAAAUGCCCAGGGCAGCCAUAUAAGAUGGGUGGCAUGUGGGGAAGCUGAGGCUCCCCCUCACCGGUCCUCCAGCUGGGAGGAGCCCUGCCAAGCAAGACCCCGCUUCCCAGAACCCAUAUCCCACCCACAACCGCCCAAUUGGGCUACCUCCCUUCCUUAAGGAGAGCUUGAGAUGCCCUCCUACCAGCCCCUUCUCAGAAACGAUGGGGUGCUCCAAGCUCAGGACACAAGGCCAGCCUUCCCCCAAGUGUCAGCAUUGGCUCCUGGGGGCUGGCUGUGGUGAGACAUGGGGAACAGGUCAGGAAGCCUCUCGGGCCUGUCCCUCCUCAGUCUCCACCACAGGCAGAGGCGCUGGGCACACAGCCAUUCACGCAAACGGAGCACAGUCCAGCCAGACCACAUGUGGGGACGCCAGGCUCCGAAGUCCCACACCACACCACGGCCUCGACUGAGAUGGAGGCACUUGACCAGGGGCAAGGCAGAGGACACACAGUGGACGCCACUGUUGAUGCAGGUGCCUAGCUGAGAACCCCACAUACAUCUGUCUGAAUCCAUGUGCCGGCCCUGGGAGCCUGGGGUCACUUCACAGGAGGAACGAGCAGCCCAGAGUGGGAGUGCCACUUGUCCAAGGUCACAGAGCAAGGCCUGCCCCCAAUGCUCACACCGUCUGAACGUCAAAGACAAUGACUAGCCCACAGCAACCCCCGAAGGCUGAAUGGCUUGAAUGCCCCAAGUGCUGCUUCUGAGGACCCUGGGUCUUACCUGCAGCCUGUGUAGGAACAGGAAUGGGAGCAAGGCCCUGUAAGAAUGUCUGGGCUCUGGGCUACCGCACGCAGGAGGAUCAGACCACAGUCUCCAUCUGAGCCUCCGUUACCUCUAAAAACGCCUCCCACUUCCCCCCUCCUUCACCAUCAGCCUUGCAGGCCCAGGCGGGGCAGGGGCAGUGUCAGAAUCGAGUUCACAUCUGUGAAUGGUGACCUUGUGGCUUAAACCCUCUGUCCCUGGACAGGCCCUGGACAGCUGCACCAGCAAUCCUAGAAAACCGAGCCAAUAAAA